AUGUCGUUCCGCCUACCAGUAAGAACUUUGCGGCAGUCUACCCCGAGGUUCGCGAAUCUACCAAAAGCAGUUUCCCAAACCCCACGUUGGGCGCGCAGUUACGCAGUUACUUCAGAUCAAAACCGGACAGCCAUCGUGACAGGCUCUGCUCGUGGAAUCGGCAAGGCCAUUGCUCUUCGAUUAGCUAACGAUGGAUAUGAUGUCUGCAUCAACGAUAUAGAAGCCAACAAAUCUGAGGCCGACGAAGUUGUGAAACAGAUACAAGGCCUAGGACGCAAGUCUUUCGCGCACACCGCUGAUGUGUCAAACUUAGGCCAGGUCCAGGGCCUCGUGAAAGCGUCUGUUUCGGAGCUAGGACCAUUAAACACCAUGGUAGCGAAUGCCGGUAUUGCGCAAGUGAAGGCACUGCUUGAUCUUACAGAGCAGGACCUCAAGCGCAUGUUUGAGGUGAACGUGUACGGCGUUUACAAUUGCUAUUCUACCGCGGCCAAACAGAUGAUAGAACAAGGCAACGGCGGCAAGAUUCUCGGCGCAGCAUCAAUCGUGGCAUUCAAGCCUUUUGCUCUUUUGUCCCACUACAGCGCUUCCAAAUGGGCCGUCCGUGGUCUUACUCAAGCCUUUGCCAUGGAAAUGGCUGAACACAAGAUCACCGUGAAUGCAUAUGCGCCCGGUAUCGUCGGCACUGCCAUGUGGGACCUUAUCGACGAAAAGCUAGGUGAGAAGACGGGGGCAAAGAAGGGCGACACGAUCAAGAAGUACACGGAUGAGCUAAUCGCGUUGGGUCGGACGAGUGUACCUGAGGAUGUGAGCAGUACAGUGAGCUUUCUGUGCAGCAAGGACAGCGAUUACAUGACGGGACAGACCAUUGUCAUUGACGGAGGUAUCAUUUUCACUUAG